UAUCUCUAUGAUGGCAGGAACAAUUUCCCUGCUAAAAGUUCGCGGCUCUUUUCUUUCCUCCUUUCUCCCUUUCCUCGUCAGAAGGGGAUUUGAAUCGCGAUCAAACUCGAAGUUUUGGUAAGAUCUUUCAAUCGAAGCCCUAAACCUGGCCCUAUAAAUCCCACACCCCCUCACCCCUCAGACGAUGGUCGGAUCGGUCUCCGGGGAUUGAGAGGGGGACGGGAGAUGAUGAGGAGGUGCUCGCUCUGCGGCAACAACGGGCACAACUCGCGGACGUGCCCCAACCGCGGGGUUAGGCUCUUUGGGGUCCGCAUCGCCGAUGGCUCCUUCCGCAAGAGCGCCAGCAUGGGGAACAUCGCCCACUACGCCGGAUCCGGCUCCGGCUCCGGCUCCGGAUCCCCGGCCGACAGCCCCCCCGCCGACCAGGGGGCCGCCAACGGCUACGCCUCAGAGGAUCUACCCCGGGGCAGCCGCGAGCGCAAGAAAGGAGUUCCAUGGACUGAAGAAGAGCACAGAAUGUUUUUAGUUGGACUGCAGAAGCUUGGCAAAGGUGAUUGGCGAGGGAUCUCUCGUAACUUUGUAGUAACAAGAACACCUACUCAAGUUGCUAGCCAUGCUCAAAAGUAUUUUAUCCGUCAAACCAAUGCCGGUAGAAGAAAGAGAAAAUGCAGCCUUUUUGAUAUCGGACCUGAUGAAAUUGCCGACGGUCAGUUUUAUCCCGUAGAAUCCAAAGAGCCAGAAACACGAAGCAACAAUCCACCGCCAGCACCUCCAGCUCAGGGUGGGGAUUGCAAGCCAAUGGAUUCUGAUUCAAAUAUUGGAGAGAGAGCUGUUCUGAAGCCAGAAAGUUUGCCAUGCAGCUAUCCAGUGUUCUUUCCUCCCUAUUUCUCGCCAUUCUUUCCAAUUCCUUUUCCAUCUUGGUCAGGUUACAGUGCAGUAAAUACCUCAGAAAUGUCACAUGAAAUUGUUAAACCAACAGCAUUGCAUUCGAAGGCUCCCAUCAAUGUCAAUGAGCUUGUAGGCAUGUCAAGACUGAACUUAGGAGAAUCUAAUGGUGAAACAGGGCCGUCAUCAUCAUCGUUAAAGCUUCUCGGUGGGUCAGAUAGACAAUCUGCUUUCCAUGCUAAAGCUCCAACAAGUGGUUUGAUGGUGGAUUCAAGUACCAGCCCAGUCCGUGCAGUCUAGCGACCCUGCAUUAAGAAAGCAACCCAAAACUGGAGGUGUUCCCAGUGAUGCAAAGUCUUUUUGUUUAUACAGGAUCAAUAAACUUCAAUCCUGACUCGCUUGCUUUAGGAUAUACUAUGUGGUGUUUUAUAGUGGAAUUAUGUCAUGGCACUUGAUUAUCUAAGUGACUAACUUAUUGUUGAUUUUUUUUGUUAAUAAUGACUGCAAUUAUAUUUGGUUUUUAAGGAAUGAUGUCUUGAUUUCUCUAAGGUCAUUCCCUGGUCCUAUGAUGCGAAAUGAUUUUAAUUUUCU